ACGGGUGCAGCGGGGGGUCAGCAGCACCUGGAGGACCUGUCAGAGGUUGCCAUGGUGAAACUGUCGUACUGUCACAUCCUGCCGCUGCUCUGCACCGUCGCCCUGGUGCCUGUGCUCUACAUCUCCUGGGCCGAUGUCUCUCAGAAAAAAUGUUUGUCGGAGUUGAAGUUCGAUUUUCGGUUGUGGAGGUCUGAGUUUUCCACGGCUCCUCCCUCCACGACGGACCCGCCCGGCCUCACCCCCGUCCCCCUCCUGCACCUCGCAGACUACCACAGAAUGCCCCAGUGGGACUUUGACGACGUGUACAGGACCGAACGACGGAGCCACAAGAUCAGUCAGAAGUGUGACAACAGCCUGUGGACCAGGAUCCAGGAGGAGCCGGAGCUCAAAGACAAGUUCAUCCCAAACAUUCGGAUGUACGUUUACAACGGGAGCAUCAGCAUGAGCGAGUGGAACAGACUCUCCCACUUCAACAACCCCUUCGGCUUCAUGAACUACACACACCAAGAUGUGAUGUCCGCUCUGAACCUGGUGCAGAAGCCCAAGGAGCCGCUGCUGCCGCCUAAACCAGGCAGAGACUGUAUCAGCUGUGCUGUGGUGGGCACUGGAGGAAUCCUCUGGAGGUCCAAGAAAGGAGCAGAGAUCGACCAACACGACUAUGUGUUCAGGGUAAACGGAGCGGUGAUAAAGGGGUUUGAGGAGGAUGUUGGGAAUCGUACAGACGUUUACGUUCACACGUCUUACUCCAUCACACAGGCCGAGAUCCGCUUCAGGAAAUACAACUACACCCGAGCCCCACAUGACCAGGGCAUAAAGUACGUGCUGAUCCCUGAGGGCAGGAGGGACUACGAGUGGCUGUCUGGACUUUACAAACGAGAGAGACGCACAGCGGGAUAUUUUAAAAACUGGCGACCCUGGACUCAGUACUCUGGUCGGUUCAACGAGUCGAACUUCUACGUUCUGCACAUGGACUUCCUGCGAUACGUCAGAAACAGGUUUCUGAAGUCUCACACGCUGCAGAGCAAACGCUGGGCCCUCGUCCGACCCACCACCGGCGCCUUCAUGAUGUUCGUGGCCCUGCACCUGUGCGACCAGGUGGAUGCGUACGGAUUUAUAACCGACGAUUACAAACAAUAUUCUAACUACUACUACGAACGCGGCGCCAAAACCCGCGUGGUCUUCUACAUAAACCACAACUACGACCAGGAGAGGGCGCUGUGGAGGAGACUGCACGACCUGGGCGUCAUUCACCUGUACAUGGGAGAACCGCGAAAGCACGAGCCCAUGCAGCAUCCCCCGAAGGCAGCACAGUGAGCAGCGAAACCACCCACGGCAAAACUCGACACAGACCAAAAAGAAGAAGAAAGUUUAAUAUCACACGUGUUUUAUUGUAAAGAUAAUGUGAAAUAUGUAGUUCUGUAUAAUAAAAUCCUCUGUGUUUGACCA